ACACACACACACACACACACAGACUGCAGCAUGGGGAUUCGUGUCGAGAUGGAGAUGUUGGCGGUUCUGCUGUUGCUGACUCCCAUUGUAAGUGAUGGCUUGGUGGUGCCCAAGUGCCAGCUGGUGGAUCAACUAAUGUUCACUGUACCUCCAGAUGUGCCAGACCGUGAAACCCAGGUGGCAAAGAUCGCGUGCCAUGCGGAUAUAACUUCGCAUUUUGACACCAGCAUCGUCAACGAAGUUUCUCCACAGGAUGUCAUUGGAAAGCGCAAGACCAGAGGUGCCCCCAAAAUUAACAAACCCCCUAAAACCACUAAACCCCCUCCUAAAUCCAGCACUAAACCCCUCCCAAAAACCACGCAGAAGCCUAAAGCCCAAUCCACAACCCUAGUUCCAAAGCUUCAAGAUGUAACUCGUGAGCCCAUGAUCAACAAGACCAAUCUACCAAUUCACCCCCAAUCCAACUAUUCGCAUACUGAUUAUGCCAUGGCUCCACCACCUCCUCCCAGUUUCAACUCCACAUACAUCGAUCCCCGUGAUAAAAGAGGUGUCAGCGGACUGUGGAAGCUAUACGGAGUGUUCCAGUUGGCUGAUCGUGUUGCCUGCGCCUCUCCCAAAAAACCCUCCUUCAACAUCUGCAACCUGAGCUGCGAUAAGCUGAUUGAUGAUGACAUCACUGAUGACAUCAACUGUGUCUUGACCAUCAUUAAGAGCAAGCCCAACAGGAAGACAAAUCCUGAGGGUCAGGAAGAGGCUAACAGGCUCAUCAGGACAAUGAACGACAUGUUAAUGAGCACUUGUCCCAACAUGGACUACACUCAGUACCUUGCUGAGUGUAAUGGCGAAUAGUCGCAACACGCUACACACUCAGACACACUCAGAUUUCUUCUUUGCCAGCGAUGGGGCUAUUCUGGGCUUCUCUCAUCUUCUCUGAACGAGGCUAAAUCCUGUUGCGAGUUGUAAGACUGUAGUAAGACUGUUGAAUGAUUGUAUAUGACCUGUAGUGAAUACUAGAACGUGGCUUGUCUGAUUUGGUUGAAUUAUGUGUUGGAUAAUUGUUCAGUUGCAAUAUCAAGUCAACCCUUUAACUGUAAGAGCUGAUGCCAGAACACUGAUGGUAGUGAGGUAUAUUCAGAACGGAAAUACUAUUUUUAAUUUCAAACAGCUAUUAUUGUUUUAAUGCAUGCUUUCUCAAGGAAUAAAGAAAGUUUCAUAUUCCAGCUAUGAUACCAGAGAUUAAUAUCUGAUUAUUAGAUUUCAUAUAUAUACAUUUCACUGGGAAAAGGAUGUCUUUCGCUUUGGCUAAACAAGAUAAUAAACGUUGCUGAGUAGAUAUCCAAGUAAACGGUCCUCUUGUCUUGUAUUUCAUUCUCACAGCAGAACUUUAAUAACUUUAAUAACAUUGUUCAAAAUUGAGCUCACUGGAUAGUUCGGAGAACACCAUUCGGAUGAUUGUCAUACAUGCCAUUUAUUCUAACAAAUCUGACCCAAACACUAAUCUAUAUAAUCGUAACCAGCCUUUCGAAAUGAGCUGACCGUUUAAACACCAGGUUUCCGAGAGCAGGGACACUUUCAGUGCUUGGAAACCUUAAAGUGCUCCAUUAUUUUCAAUCAUGUUAAUGGAGAACAACAUUGUGAAUUUGGAGUAAUAAAGAAAUAAACGAUGUUUUCUAGUGUUAAAGAAUAGAAAAACAGCACUGUGGAUUUUAAACACUAGUUAAAUAAAAGAACCCCAGUACAUGACCUGCUUGAUGCAGAUGAGUAAAAAUGCGUCAGAAACACUUUCUGGUGUGAAUUGGUUUAAUUUCUCUAAUUGAGUUUUCUUUUUCCUCUGCGAUCAUUGUUCUUGUCUCCAGCACUUUGCAUAACAAAGUUACAUCCAUAAAAAUGACUAAAGUAAGAGAAAAUAGGUAAGAUUAAAUUACUUGAGUACAUAUAUAAAAUUAAAACAAAUGAGCUAGCUAUGUUAGCUAGCUAGCUGGUUAACUUAGUGAAACGUUUAGCAAGGUCAUGUUAAUUUGUUAACUUUACAGCCAGUUACUGAUUAUUUUUUAGCUUUAUCUUAACAUAACAGACACGUCUUGGCUUUAAUACAAAACUUUAACAGGCCUGCUUAUACAGAAAAAUGAAAAGAUGUGGAUAGCUAAUCAGUCAGCUAGCUAACUUAAUGGCUUUCCUCAGAAAGCUUCCGUCGCUCGGCAGUAAACAGAGAUUACCAUAAUCCAGGUUGAAGUAUUAAAAUUACCUGAUGUAUAAGAGACAGAAAUAGUCAUCAUACACAGCAUCAGUUACCUCAGGAUCCACUUUCUCUUAUUCUGGCACAUUAUUUGGCGCCUAAAGCGUAGAUUACAUUUUGAUUGGCUAGAACAUGUAUCUUGCUCUCAUUUGAUUGGUUUACGGUUUUUGUGGGUUUAUGCCGCCUCCUUGGUUUCAUGGGAAGCCAUUACUACUCUUCAUGAGCAUGGAUCUGUUUUGGUGCCAUCUUCCUGACAUUUUAUACCAGUGUAAACUUUGUGUGUGUGUGUGUGUUUAAAUCUGUUUAAAGUGCUGGAAAUCACAACCCUUUCUUCUUGUUGUUGUAGUUAUUAGUCUGUUUAACUGGUCUCUUGAAUUAAAUGGGUUUAAUCCAAACUGUAAUAACUGGAAAAACAAGUAGCCAUAAAUAGUGUCAACUUUGACCUAAUGUGUGCAUGUUGGUGGA